UUUAAUGUGAAAUGCUGUUUGAAUUUCCAAAAUAGAAACGUAUUCCUGCCCUGGCUCUGUUGUGCUGGCUCCGGCUCCAGCUCUACCUCUAGCUGCUCCUCUUCCGACUCCAUUGUAGGCAGCUGAUCACUCAAUUCAAAUAGCUCAGUUUCAUUCGUUUUCAUGUUGGGGCUUCUGGGAAAUGCAUCAAGUUUCCUUAAUUUAUUUAGAGAGCGAAUCAACCAUAGACUGUAUAUAUUGAUGGACAGAGGUUCGUCCGUUAAAAGUGAAGCAAGCGCUAGUCCAGAGCCCCCUGGUGGCUGGCUGCAGUACAAUGCGUAGCUCCGCCCAUUCCCAUGUAUUUUCAAUGGGCAAGUAACCAACUUUCUAUGUCACUUUUCUCACCUAAAACAAAUUUUGCAUCCACAACUUUUUAUUCGAAAAAAUAGCUUUCAAGGUGCUUCACAUCACACCAUUUUUCUUUUUCCCGAGAAAUUAUUUUCUUUAAUGUUAUUUUAAUAAAUAUAAAAGGGGCGUGGUUACACUUUGAUUGACAGUGCAGCCGCUUGCAACCUCCUUCAACAUUUCAUUUCAUUCAGAGUAGCUGUAGGCUCGGCUGUAGUGGUGUUCUUUUGUCAGGCAACUCAUAUUUGUUUUAUUUGCUGUUAUUACUUUACAUUUAUAUAUUGACAGUCAUGUCGUGUUGUGCUGUUGAUUGUACUAACAGGCCAUCUCAGGGGAGCUCUGUGCAGUUUUUUCGGUAAGUUAAUAUUAACUUAAUAUUAGCUAGCGAACUCAUUAAAAUGACGGUAGCGAUAGCUUAGCCGCUAACGUUAGAAAGUUAACUUAAUUUGACAGUAAUCUAUAGAUUUUCGGACAUCCUUGAAAGGAUUAUGGUCAUAUACCAACGAAAAACAGAUAGAUUUGUAUGUUGAAGACGCUCGAAACAUCGAGAUUUCUAAUGAGAAAAAAGUUAACGUUAACGUUUAAAUAUUCUAGGCUGAAUAUUUAAUGACAGCUGUCACAGCUGGCUUUGCGAUGAGGGUGUUUGACGUGCUCUGUGAAAUACAUGAGGUGAAAUUAACAAAUAACAUUAUUCUUAGUGACAUUAGGUAGAAGGAUGGUUAUUAUUGUUAUUAUUUAUGUAUCUUAUUUGACAUUGUGCCAGGAAUAGCGAUCUAGUUGGCAAUCUGUUACGUUACGUUACCAGGUUAAUUUACCUCAGCAUUCAGCGGUACUAUGCAUUAUUAAUUUAAAGAUAGAACUAGUCUAAUCAUUGUCAGUAUAUUGUCAGUUUAUUUUAUGUAACGAUGGUGUGAUAGGCUAGUUCUUAGACGAAGCCGUGUACGUGUACGUGUACAAUUAAGUUAUUAGCUGGUAAACUGGUGUCUACAAUCAAAAAAUAUAAGCUGUCUGAGGUGUAUUUCACAAACACAGACAAGAGGUUUGUUUUACAUACGUUACACUUACCGGAGAAAAUCCAAAUACCCAGACCGAACUGGGCACUGUAGUUUCAGCCAGUUUAGCCCCAGAGAGUCGGACUCGGCCUGUGUGUGUGGUGGGGAACGGACGGAGAAGGGGGCGUGUUUCACUCGAUAAGGGGCGUGUUUCACUCGAUGAGUGGGCGGGUCUGAUCGCGACCUCCUCUUCACUGCGCAUGCUUCAGAUUCUACUGCGCAAGCGUACUUCGAACUGGCUUCAAAUUUUCAAAGAUGGCGUCGCCUCGGUUGCUUCAAUUCUAUAGAACACAGCUGAAUGGAGCCACUCUGUCCAUCUAUAUAUACAGUCUAUGGAAUCAACUCAUGAAACAAAAGUACCGUCAUGUAAUCCAUUGAUUUCAACAAUGUAACUAUUCUGAAUACCAUCUAAUCAAAUAGUAGCUGUAACGGAAUACAGUUACUAUUGUGCAUGUAAAUAGAGACUCGUUCAUAUACAGCAGGUUACAGGGCCGUGACGAGGCUCCACUAACAUGUUAUUAAUAACAAAUAGAGACGUAAUGUUACCGGUAUCAAUAUUAUUCAGCCCACUUAAACGGAGCAUAGGCCUACGUUUAAUUUCAGCAUACUGCCAUAGAUAGCUUUAAUUAAAGAGCUGCAAUAAACUACAUUUUAGCAUUAAAGCCAUACUUUUGCGGUUAUUUUUGUGAAUGUAACUCAAAGUAACGCAAAAGUAGUGUAACGCAUUACAGUUCAGAGACAGUAAUACUGUAAUGUAAUUCAUUACUUUAAAAAGACAGUAAUAAGUAAUAUGUACUGUAUUACAUUUUGGAAGUAACUUACCCAUCACUGUUUCAUAUCCCUGUGUGAACCGGUACUGUUUUUCCUCUUCUCUGUUGCUGCAUAAACAUUUGAAUUUCCCCACAGGGAUUAAUAAAGGCACAUCUUAUCUUAUCUGAGGAGAGGAACAAAAUACAAAAAUGAACCUGAAAAUGAGCAGAAAGGGCCCCUUCAACGUGAAUGCAUGUAAUACAUGCACACAAUCAGAAUAUGAGCAAGGUUUCAAGGUUGUAUUGGUCAUAUGCACAGCAUAUACAACGUAUAUGUUGGCAAUGAAAAUCUUAUAUCCCAUGCUCCUCCAACAAGUCAACAUACAUGGUGCAAAUAAGAAUUGUUGGAUCAUCAGUGAAGAACUGAUUUUGUUUUGACACCAUGCAUUGCACAGACUAGUGUUGCUCUGAUGGUAGGAGAUAAUGAUGUGGAAAGGGUUUCCAGUAUGAAGCACUCAAAGGGGGUUUAGGCUCUCUAAUGGUAAUGGGAACAGAAACCACCAAGAGGAUGUGAUCACUUCCUCUGCGCACUGCUGCUGAUGCUGACUGCUUCUCUGUCUCUGCAACAAUGGUAGGUUCUUGAUGGAAACAUUUAAAAAAGCAUGGGUAUGCCUUAUUCUGUAUGAUUUUCUGCAUUUAUGUCUUCCCCCUUGGGCACAUUUUGUCAUCACAGAUAGCAUUUGUUGAUUUCCUGCUUGUUGAAUGCUGUCAGUAGAACUGAGACUUGUUUAUUUAUGUGCUUGAAGAGAAACAAAUCAAGUUGUCCUUAAUUUCCUUUUUGUAUGAAUGAUUGACUGCUUUGUAUUAAAGUGAAUGGAAAAAGUUCCUCUGAUGUGUUUUUUGUUUUCUUCUAUUUUGCAUUUGGCUGAAUUCCCGUCACUUUCCCGCACUAUAGACAGGUCGUUAUAAAACGAGAACAGCAGGACUUUGGUAAAUAGAGCUGUAGAGGGAAGCGUUUAAAGAGGAAUGUAUGCAUGAACAGAGAAGGAGAAGUAGAGGGAAACGGCAACUGUUCAACUGGGGGUGUGUCUUUGUUUUUAGUGACGGUGCAGCAGGGACUUCCCUUUGGAGAAUAAAUAUGUUGUGAGUAAAAAGAAAUAGGGAGGGAGCUAACUGAAGGAGGAGUCUGAAGAGAAGAGGGGCAAAGGGAGGGGCAGUGACAGGCUUGUCUUCAGCUGAGAAAGGAAGAACACAGGACAGGGAAUAACAACUCUUUCACUCUGUCUUCUAUUUAAUUUCUUAUCUUGUGGAGUGUGUAAAAGCCAUUCCUGCUGACACCAUGGAUAACUUCCAGACCGUCCUGCGAUUCUUCCUGAACCAGAAGGCCACCAUUGGCUACAGCUUCAUGGCUCUACUGACCAUAGGUGGGGAGCGUGUUUUCUCCAUGGUUUCCUUUCAGUGUCCGUGCAACCAUGAUCAGAACUUUGCCUAUGGGCUGACUUUCCUGUUGGGCCCGGCUGCAGUGCUGCUGAUUUUAGGUCUCUUCUUCAGCAGCAGGCUGUGGAGGCUGUACACUGGCUGCUGCCUGAACCCCAUGAAGCUGUGCCCCCGGGGGAACUGCGUGGGUUGCCUCAGGGUUUUUAUGAAUAUCUUCAGUGGAGCCUGUGUGGCUCCUAUUAUGUGGCUCUGUGUGGCCCUGCUCAAUGGGACCUUUUAUGAGUGUGCUGUCAGCGGCCUGGACGAUAACCUGGUGGUGGAUCUGUUCUGUAAAAACAAGACUCUGAAGUGUCGGGAGGAGCUGGCCCGGGUGCCCUGCGACCGCUCCAAACUGACUGCUGAUGAGAGGAUGGAGCUGCUGCUCAUGUUCCGGGCCCAGUCACAGGUCCUGGGUUGGUGGAUCAUCAUUAUUGCUGCAUUCAUGGGCCUCCUGGGUACCUGCUACACAAACUGUCGCUCCAAAGUCAGCUACCUGCAGCUCACAUUCUGGAAACGCUACGUAGAGAAAGAGAAGGAGUGCUUCGAUACCUUUGCAGAAGAUUAUGCAGACAAACUGGCCAAGAGAAACAUGAAUAGCUUCUUCGAGAACAACAAAGCUGCCCCUUUCCCUUUCCCCAAUCACAGGGCGUGGGAGGAGAUCUCUGCACUGCACACCUUCUCCAGGAGUGAGCAGUAUUACAGCACCUUGCAGCGCUACGUGGAGAGGACAGACAGGGACUUCACGCCAGAGAAGAGACCUGUGUUGGACGUUGAGCAUGGAAUAGAAAUGCACUGACUGUGGGGACACUGUUAGCUAAUAUCCACUGUUUGUAUUUAACUCUAUGUGUAAUGUAUGUGUGGUCUGACUCAGGAAAGCUUCCUCCUCUGUGACAAUGCUUCCAUUUACUAUGUCGCACAAAACAAUGGGACUAAAUUGCAAUGGUACUAUCUUCCCUAAACACAUUAAGGGCAUAACCACUAUCUUAUACUCCCUAGGUAUUUCACACUGCAUGCAUGUCAGGUGUUCUAUUUCAAACUAAUAAACACACUAACAGGAUCGACCGAAAACCCUGAGGUCAUAUCCUGGCAGGGCUCGGGAGAGUUCUUUUAAAACAAAUGUAUUUUUAAUUAAAUGUAUUCUGUUACAAUUGCUAGUUCCCUCUACAAAAAUUUGAAUCAGUAACCUACUCUGAGCAUCACAACAUAAGAGUAAUGUAACUUUCUGUAACUUUUUGAAUACCUCCAUAUCAAUUUUUUUAACUAACAUUCUUGCUAGUCAUUUUUUGAAAUAUAACAGUAAUCAGAUAAUGUCAUUUUUUAUACAACUGUAAGGGCAUUCAAUGACCUUUAAUUAUCCUCAUUUCAUUACAUCUAAUCCGUUACUCCUCUGUGUCCUGUAAUUCCUGCUGCAUGGUUCACUUCUCGAGACAUGUCCAUCCAUAGAUGUGUAGAUACAUUAUAGAGCCCAUGUCUUAUACUUCAUUUUAUUUGUAGGAUCAAACGAUGCCAUCUACACAUUUUCUUUCUUACUGAACACGUCUGUAAGGAUAUGGCCUUUAACAGCAGUGUAUGUAUAUGUGUAUGCCAGAGUUGGAAAUGGUCUGUUAUACCUGUCCUUUUUUGUUGGUGUUUUCGGGGGACUUGACUCAUUACCUUGGUAUAUUUUCUAAACCACUUUAUGGAUCUGGAUGCAUUUUUGAGGAAUAAAGCCUCGGUAUUACGUGGUUGUGACAGGGCCUUUGGGAGGAGUCUCCUGAAAAACAACCAGCUUUUGAGCCUUCCCUGCUGUGCUCUAUGUCCCUAAAGUUACAAACGAAUUUCCAGAAUACAAAACAAAAUAAAUAUAUGUCUAACUUAGAUUCAGGGGUAAAAACUAGCUGGGAUUUGCCCCUUUCCCCUCAGUUUUUAUAUAGGAAGUGUCCCAUGCAGUGGAUGUGAUUAUAGCAGCACUUACACUUACAGAAAUGAACACUUACAGUAAUGAACACUUACAGCAGGGCAAGUCUCUGUUAUACAUGGUGCACACAUUCUGAACAGACUUCUUUUUUUGGUUCAGUCCCUUAGAUGAUGACCAUUGGCAGUCUUGUUGUUUUUAAUGCUUACAGGUUAAAAUAAUUUCAUUAUUAUGCAACUGCAAAAGUCUGUAUAACCAGUAAAUAGGUUGAAUGGUACCCUAAUGCCUCUGUAUCCUUUUGUAGCAUUAAUACAAACAUGUAUUUCGAACCAUGA